AGGGUGUCUUAUGAGGACAUAACCCAUGCCCCUAUUUUUCAAAAUGCAUAUAAAUCAUACAGAAUGAGUUUUUUUGAGAAAGUAAAAAUGCACAAAGUUUCAAAGAGAGUCAAAAAGUUCCGUUGAGUAGCAGCAGCAACAAGAUGAGCUCCUGAUCAUUUAACUUUUAAUAUUAUUUUAAAAUAAGACAGACAUUCAGUUCUGACAAAUUUUAAACAAGGAAACCUCCUACAAUCUAUAUUAUUCACAAGGAGAGUUUAAAUUAACCAAGAAACAACAACAACAACAACAACAACAGAAGACAAUCAGAUGAGAGCAACUCAAAGGGCCACAACACUGCCACAUCUCUCAAACUGAGACACUUCCAGACCGAGAGCUGUCUGAAGAUACUCACAGACUAAACCUCACAGAAACAGAGGAGAAACAGAGGAGAAGAGCACACAUCAAGCAGCAACAAAUAACCAAGAGCCAUUGAAAAAUCAGCAAUGGCCGCUGCAGCACAUAGGCCCCGCCCCUUUGUGUACCCUCAGAAGAGCUCAGAGCAUUCUAGACAGCUCCACAGACAGAAACAGAUCAAGGACAGUCCUGAAACACUGUUUGCUGACUCAACCUGCUCUUCUACACCGAGAACAGCUCCUCAUGGCAUACUGCUUUCUGCCAACACUUCACCUUCACCACAAAGAGAGGCAUCUGCAAAGGCAGACAGAUCCUGGUAUUGGAAGAUGCUGAAGGAAAUGAAGAAUCAAGAGUUUUAUCUCUUAACUUAUACCACAACGGCACUGUCAUGAUCCAAGGCUCAGAGCCUGCCCUCCUAGCAUUUUCAGCUGACUUUUUACAAAUUAAACAGCAGACAUGUCUUAAUACAAGUCUCGUACAAGACCAUAUAGAUAUGAACACAAACUCUUCUCCCGUAAAAGACACACAGAAGACGACAACUGCUACAGCCUUAACUCAAUCUCCCAUGUCAAAAAUGAAGGAGAAAUUUUCACUUCUGGAAAUCGAUAUGGUGGAUCUAAGAGAAUUAAUCAUGUCCAAUUUGAAAGACAACAGCGACUUGGAGCAGCUUACAAAGGACAUGAUGAAUUUAAAACAAGAGACAGAAUAUCUGCUGAGAAACAAAGAGCAGAUGUCAAAGGAACUUCACCAAGCCAGAGAAGAGCUGAAGGAACUCAAAGGAACUUUCAGAAGACAAAUCACAGAAAUCAAAACAGAAAUGCAGGAAGAACUGUCUGUCUUGAAAUCUGAACUUCGAAAGAAAGAUGAACUUAUAAACAACAUGAAGGAACAACUGCUUCAUGAUUUAUCUCCCAAAGGAUCCGAUGCUAAACACUUGACCGGUCUGGACGGUCAGCAAUCAUCUGCAGUGGACGAGCCUCAGUCUUCAUCAGCUCCUCACAACUCCAGCCCAGCAGAAGCCCUUCUUCUCAUCGACUCCAACGGGAAAUACAUCAACCAGAAACUCUUGUUUCCAAAAAUGAAAGCACAGAAAAUGUGGUGCCCGAACACUAGCAAGGCUCUUCAGAUCUUAUCUGAUAAAAAUCUGAACGAAACGUACAAGCACAUCAUAAUCCACACAGGGACAAACGAUCUAGGAGCAGCGAAGGGCAACGUGGCUCCUGUGCUCCGAGAGCUGGCCAUCAGAGCCUCAGAACGCUUCCCAGAAGCUCAGAUAACUCUGUCCACGUUACUGCCACGGACUGAUGUGCCCUUUCACGUGAUCCACGGAAACAACGUAGAGCUUUCCAGAACCUGUGCACUCAUUCCUAAUGUUCACCUGGCACACCAUAAAGACAUCCGGCCCCAUCACAUGUAUGACUACAUACACCUCAACAAGAAAGGAGUACAACUUUUCGCAGGAGUGCUGAAAAGCACAGCACUUGGAAGAACAAACAGCAGAAAUCUGCACAGCAAGAACAGCUCCCAACUACACAGAAACAUCCAGCCUCGUCCAAGAACCAGACAGGACUCGACCCCUGGACCGCCAUCACAGCAUCAGAGCUACGCUGCAGCAACCCAACAGCCACAGAACCCUGCAGCCGCCGAACUCAAUCAGAUAAGACACCUGCUCAACGUCAUCUGCUCCAAACUGGUCAAAUAACGUACAAGAGUAAUACACACACACUUCUCUAUAUCUAUCUAUGAAAUCAUUUAAAAUUAGCUGUUGGAAUAUACAGGGUUUACAUUCUUCAACUUUCGGGAACAAGACUGUAGACCAAGACUUACUUUAUAAUAUAAAAGACAUAGACAUUGUAAUAUUUCAUGAGACAUGGUGUCGGAGUAAUGAGAGCUUGCACUGUCCAAGAGGAUACAGAGAAAUCACUGUGCCCUCUCUAAAAAACUCCCAAAUUAAAUUUGGUCGUGAUUCAGGUGGCAUAGUUAUAUGGCACAAAGAUCAUCUAAAUCACCUGAUUAAAACAGUCAAAACUGAAAAAUCCCUGAUUUGUCUUGAAAUCAAAUCUAUCCUGUCACAGAGUAAUCUCUAUAUUCCUCCUCAUGAUUCUCCCUACUACCAAGAAGAGAGCUUUCUCCAGCUGCAAAGAGACGUCCUGCACUUUCAGGCCAAAGGAAGUGUUCUUGUAUGUGGUGACCUAAACGCAAGGACUGGGAGAGAAAUUGAUUAUGUAAACACCACAGAUAAUACUCACAUUUUUGGGGACAUUGUAUCUCAGUCAACACCAGUCAUUACUCCGAGAACCAGUUAUGACAAUGUCAUCAACAUAAAUGGGAAGCAGAUGUUAAAGCUUUGUAAAAGUCUAGGGCUGUUUAUCAUAAAUGGCAGAACCAGGGGUGAUUCUUUUGGUAGAUUCACCUAUUGCUCCACAUUAGGAGCCAGUGUAGUUGAUUACUCAAUUACAGACAUUGACCCAAAUGUUAUUAACGCCUUUACAGUCAGACCUCAACUUCCCAUUUCUGACCACUGUCAAACAGUCCUUUACCUGAAACAGUCCUGUGACAGGGUCAGAUCUCCCCUCAAACAUGAAAAACUCUUCCCCUUAAAACCAAAACUCAACUGGAACCAAUCUAACGCUGAACAAUUCAAAGAAAACAUGAGCAGCUCUGUAAUACUAAAAAUACUGGAUGACUUUUUGUCCUCAGAUUUCACUCCAGAUACUAAUGGAAUAAACUCAGCAACAUCCAAACUUAAUUACAUAUUUCAAACUUUGGCCACUAUAUCUAACAUUAAACAACCAAACAAACAUAGAAUAAACAAACCAAAAACUAAAAAGAAUAUGUGGUUUGAUAAUGAUUGCAAAUGUCUCAGAAAAGACCUUCGACGACUUGCUAACAAAAAGCAUAAAGAUCCGGCCAAUCAGACGCUACGCCUCGCCUACUCCAGCUGCUUAAAAAAUUAUAAAAAACUCAUUUGUAACAAAAGAGAUCAAUAUUAUGAAGCUAAAAUUGAUGAAAUCGAUCAAUCAAUAGACCAAAACAAUUUCUGGAAUCUCUUUAAAAAAUUUGAAAGCCCCAAAUCAGACCCAUUCCUCCAGAGCGGCACAGUCUGGAGCUCUUACUUUAAAACUCUUUACCAAACACUAGAAGCAGACCUCAACCAGCCCCAAAUUAAAACACAGAGAAAACUAGACGAUCUAAAGAAAACCAUCAAAAAUUACCAAAAUCCACUGGACAUGAUUAUAACAACAUCAGAAAUAUCAGAACACAUUAAACAGCUCAAAUUAAAGAAGGCAUGUGGACAGGACAACAUCAGUAAUGAGAUGCUCAAACUCAGCAGUCCUUCCAUAACUCAAGCCCUGGCUAAAUUAUUCAAUCUGAUCUUAUGGUCUGGUGACUUCCCUGAGGCCUGGUCUGAAGGACUGAUCACACCCAUAUAUAAGAACGGAGAUAAACUGGAUCCCAGUAAUUACCGUGGCAUCUGUGUGGGCAGUAGUCUAGCUAAGCUCUUCUGUAAUAUAAUAAACAGCCGCAUAGUGACAUUCCUCACAAGACACAACAUCCUAAAUAAAUCACAAAUUGGCUUUUUACCAAAACAAUGUACAUCUGACCACAUCUAUUCUCUCCACACUCUAAUUAACAAAAAUCUAAAGGACAAACAAAGAAAAAUAUUUACAUGUUUCAUUGAUUUUAAAAAAGCUUUCGAUUCUAUUUGGCAUGACGGUUUACUGUACAAAUUAUUACAAAUUGGCA